GUAGUGAUGUUACUUUUGCAAACGAUCCGAUUCUUUUCAACGAAUGAAAGAAACCGUAUCGUACUUGGUGAGAGCCGUUCUUUUAUCAUUGUGCCCAAAUUUCACUGCCAGCCCUAAAUCCACCCCCUUUAUGUGAACAGUGUAUCAGGAACGUCACAUCUCUAGUCACAAACUGUCUGCGACUCACAGCCAGAUAGCACUUGAUUAGUAUCCCAGCGUCUCAUCAGCUGGGCGGAGUUAAAAAGUUUUCUAAUAUUAAAGGGACAGUUAUCCAUCUAGAUUGUUUUGGUGUGAGUUGCCAGUUUUGGAGCUAUCAGCCUUAGAGAUGUCUGCCUUUAUAAUAUGGCAAUCGGCUUGUGGUGCUCAACGCGCCAAAAGAAAAAAGAAAAAAAUACAUUGUUGCAUUUGGUGUCUGUUAGAGACACUUUAAUAUUGGUCACAUCUGAGGUGACUGCCUGAUUCACCUACUGCACACCUGAGGCUCAAACUGUGAAAGACCUUACAGAGAAAUAUACACGUGUCAGCGGGUGACGGAGCGCGGAACCGAAAACAUUUUUUUUUCUUCUUUUGUUUGUUCCCAGACUCUUUUGUAACCACGAAAACUUACAAAACGUCUUUCCUCCAAACAUUAGCAUAGCUCCGGAUCAUGUGACGCUGGUCCGUCUUCACCAGCCACCACUUGAAAUUGUUGCCUUUGUGAGAUCAGCUGCUGCAGACAAGUCGCUGCGUCUCUUGCUGCUACUUUAACACGAUGGAGAAUCUGAAACAGUUCCUGGUCGCUCUGUCUGCUGCUAUCGUCGUCGGGUUUGUGUCCAUAAUCUUCGUGCUAAGAUGGGUUCUCCACUAUAAAGAAGGUUUAGCCUGGGAUGGAGGACUGGCCGAGUUCAACUGGCAUCCGGUGUUAAUAGUCACUGGGUUUAUUUUCUUGCAGGGAAUGGCCAUCAUUGUCUACAGACUCCCCUGGACCUGGCAGUGCAGCAAACAAAUGAUGAAGUUCAUCCACGCAGGCUUGAAUUUACUAGCCUUCAUCUUUGCUGUUAUAUCUAUGGUGGCAGUUUUUGACUUCCACAAUGCUGCCAAAAUUCCCAACAUGUACAGUCUGCACAGCUGGCUGGGCCUGAUAGCUGUGAUACUGUACUGUCUACAGCUUGUUCUUGGAGUUGGCAUGUAUUUAAUACCAGUUGCACCCGCAUCCUGGAGAGCAGCGUUUAUGCCCCUCCAUGUCUACGGUGGUCUUUUACUCUUUACCAGUGUUAUAACUGUGGCACUCAUGGGUAUCACCGAGAAACUCAUUUUUGGCCUGAGCAACCCCAAGUAUAAGGACUCUCCGCCGGAGGCAGUCUUUGUGAACUUUCUGGGAGUCCUCCUGGUGGUUUUUGGAGCUCUUAUCCUCUGGAUUGCCACUCGAAGGUCUUGGAAACGGCCCAGUGACCAGAUCUUGCAUACUCUGCAUACCAAUGGGGGAGGUGAGGACAGCACCAAAGUUGGUCCGGCCCUGUCUCAGCUAUCUGAUGGAACUGAUGCUGAGGCCUGUGGGGAUGUCAGGAGGAGGAGUAACAAAUUAGAUGAUGAGGCUAACUGAUAUCAAAAUAACUUGACUCAGAGCUGAUACUGUCUCCAGUGAUGAAUGUAUGUACACCCAGUUUACACUGGUCAGAGAAAGUCAAAAAGAAAUCUAACUUUCUCUCUUGCACCUUGAAGAAUUUCAUGUUGUUGGCAUUUUGAGCUUGUUUUUGUUGUUUUCUCUAAUAUGUAUUGUUGUAAGCACAUGUAAAUAAUGGUGAGCUACUUUAUAACAUGAGAAUACGCUUUAUGACAUACACUGUACAAAUAAUCAUGACAGAUUUUCUAUACUCUUAAUUCCUUUGUAUUCUGAUAUGUGAGUUUUUCAAAUAUUUGCAGAACCUACCUACAUUUUACAAUAAAUAUUUGCAACUA